UGCUCUUCACAGUUACUCCAAUUUGUGUCUCAAAUUCCUCCAUUAAUCCCUCCCAACCAACCUCAUACCCUAUUUGUUGGUCAUGGUGAGCCCAACAAUGAGUCUUCUCUUCUUGUCUUUGGUUGUUGUCUUCCUCCUAUUCUUACAGGCUUUUGCUGAAGCUUCAGUCAAUAAUGGAGUCAUGAAUUCUCUCACUAGUAAUAUGAAUGAGGGAGGAGAUGGAACUGCUCUCUACAAAAAAUAUCACCAUCACAAGAUCAAUUGCCAUUUUGCAUGUUCAAGGAGAUGCAGGAAAGCAUCGAGGAAGAAUGUGUGUACACGAGCAUGCGGCACGUGUUGCAUGAGAUGCAAAUGUGUCCCACCGGGUACCUAUGGAAACACAAGUGUUUGCCCAUGUUAUGCCAGCCUCACAACCCAUGGACAUAAGCUCAAAUGCCCUUAAUUGAAAUAUUUUCUCAUUAAUUAGCUUAAUUAUCCUAGUUAAGUACUAA